AUGGGCACGGAGCUUGGGGCCUGCGAGAGCGUGGAGCAUGGCUCAUCGACGGAGUUCUCGGCCGAGGCGGAGAGGAAGUUGGUUCGGAAGAUUGAUUUGAUGAUCCUCCCCAUCAUGCUCGUCGCGUACAUGAUGUCCUUCAUGGACAAGCAGACCCUGAGCUAUGCGGCCAUCAUGGGCAUCAUGGAGGAUCUGCGCCUGACGGGGGCGGAGUAUAGUUGGUCGUCGGCCAUUUUCUACUUUGGUUAUCUUGCGUUCAGCUAUCCGGCCUCGUUGCUGAUGGUUCGCUUUCCCCUGGGGAAGUAUCUGGCGUGUACUUACAUCGUCUGGGCGAUCGUGCUCGCCUGCCACGCGGCCACGACCAACUUCACCGGACUGAUGGUGGCCCGGUUCUUCCUGGGCUGCACCGAAGCCAGUGUCUCCCCCGGGUUCAGCCUCCUGACCUCGCUCUGGUACCGCACCGCCGAGCAGCCCCUGCGCCACGGGAUCUGGUUCUGCGGGAACUCGCUGUCGCUGAUCAUCGGCGGUGCGAUUGCCGUGGGGAUCUGGCAGAUCGAGUCCAGUCUGGCUACCUGGAAGUGGCUGUACAUCAUCUUCGGCCUGGUCACCUUCACCUGGGGCGUGGUCAUGCUCUUCCGCCUCCCCGACUCCCCCACGAACGCCACGUUCCUCACCCCGGAGGAGAGAGUCAUCGCCGUUGCGCGCCUGAAGUCGAACCGCGCCGGAUACAAGACGAAUCGGAUCGAUAAGCGUCAGAUGGUGGAGGCGUGCACCGAUCCCAAGACGUGGUUGCUGGGGGUGUUGAUUCUGGGCUGCAAUAUCCCCAACGGGGGGUACACUACGUUCUCAGGUCUCAUCCUCAAGGGCUUCGGCUACAACACCCUGAACACCCUCCUCCUUGGGAUCCCGGGGGGAUUUAUCUCGUUCCUCGUGGUGUUAGCCUCAUGCUACGCCUCCUCCAAGAUCCCCAACAGCCGCUGCACGGUCUCGAUCAUCCUAUCGUGUUCGAGCAUCCUAGGCACCGCACUCGUCUACGCGACCCACCACAAUGCCUCGCGCUACGUCGGCCUGAUCCUCAUGAGCUUCUACGCGGUCACCAUGCCCCUGUCCAUGGCGCUGAUCAGCGCCAACGUCGGCGGCGUGACCAAGCGCAGCACCGUCAGCGCCAUCUACUUCAUCCUGUACUGCGCGGGGAAUAUCAUCGGGCCGCAGCUGUUCUUCGAGCGGCAGGCGCCGGUUUAUCAGAGCGGCUUCGUGGCGAUCUUCGUGUGCUUGGCGGUGGUGGUGGUUGUGCUGGGGGGGCUGGUGGUGUAUUUGAGGGGGGAGAAUGCGAGGCGGGAUAGGAUGAUGGUGGGUACAACAGGGAGUGGGGAGCAGGAGGGAGAAGAGGAGGAGUUGAUGGAUGUGACGGAUCUGAAGAAUGAGCGGUUCAGGUAUGUUUAUUGA